AGCCAGGAGGCACCAUGAGUGUCAAGGCUUUCAGGCUCGUCUCUGCUGUUGAGCGGGAGAUGCUGAUGGGAGACAAAACUCACAUCAACAUUGAGUGCAUUGAGUGCUGUGGGAAGAACCUCUACAUUGGAACCAAUGACUGCUUUAUCUAUCACUUUCUCUUGGACGAAAAGAUAUCAACAGCUGGAAAAAUAACUUUUGCUGCUACCAAGCAGCUGCACAAAUACCUAGGCUUCAAAAAGUCUGUGAGUGAGCUAAAAGCAGCGUCCGCCCUCACCAGGCUGCUUGUGCUCUGCGACAACACGAUAACACUAGUUAAUAUGAUGAACUUGGAACCUGUUCCCACGGGCGCAAGGAUCAAAGGAGCUGUGACCUUCACAUUAAAUGAGAACCCCGUGAAUGGGGACCCUUUCUGUGUCGAGGUCUGCAUCAUCUCCGUCAAGCGUCGCACCAUUCAGGUGUUCAUGGUGUUUGAAGACAGAGUCCAGAUAGUGAAGGAAGUGUUUACCCCGGAGCAGCCCUACGCUGUGGCUGUAGAUGGGCAUUACUUGUGUCUCGCCCUUACUACGCAAUAUAUCAUACUGAAUUAUAACACUGGUGCCUCCCAGGAUCUGUUUCCUUACUGCAGUGAUGAGAAACGGCCAAUUGUGAAAAGGAUAGGCAGGCAGGAGUUCCUGCUUGCUGGGCCUGGAGGGCUAGGGAUGUUUGCAACCGUAGAUGGCAUUUCCCAACGAGCCCCCGUGCACUGGUCGGAGAACGUGAUCGGAGCAGCCCUUUGUUUUCCUUACGUGGUUGCUCUGGAUGAGGAGUUCAUCACAGUGCACAGUAUGCUGGACCAGCAGCAGAAGCAAACCCUGCCUUUCAAAGAAGGUCACAUUCUGCAGGACUUUGAAGGCAGAGUAAUUGUGGCUACUAAUAAGGGUGUAUAUAUUUUGGUGCCACUCCCUUUGGAAAAACAGAUACAGGAUCUUCUAGCCAGCCACCGAGUCGAAGAAGCCCUUGUCCUAGCAAAAGGAGCUCGAAGGAAUAUUCCAAAAGAGAAGUUUCAGGUAAUGUACAAACGAAUCCUUCAGCAAGCGGGUUUUAUUCAGUUUGCACAGCUUCAGUUCCUUGAAGCAAAAGAGCUCUUCAGGUAA